AUGGAGUCGGGGCCGGCGUCGAGCACCGCACCGGAAUCGGAGCGGUUGGGGUCGACGAUGCAGGCACCGGCUGGUGAACAGCGGAUGGAAUUCACGUUGAAGCCGCGGCCUAUCCUAGAGCCGCAAGUCGGACAGAUAUAUGCAGCGUGGGUCGAGAAGAAGGGAUCGAAGACAGCGGAGGGCAAGUUGGAUGAGAGGCGGAGGGUGAAGGUGCCCUUGAAGGACUGGGUGCCGCUGGAGGGGCCAGUGUCAGCAGCUUUCCUCGUGGAGAAGGGCAGUGUGCACGUGCAGACUUGUGAGCAGUCAGCGCUGGCGCAGGCUUAA